CUGGUGAUGUUACCUGAUGAUGUUACCUGACGGUGUUACCUGAUGAUGUUACCUGAUGGUGUUACCUGAUGGUGUUACCUGAUGGUGUUACCUGGUGAUGUUACCUGAUGAUGUUACCUGACGGUGUUACCUGACGGUGUUACCUGAUGGUGUUACCUGACGGUGUUACCUGACGGUGUUACCUGAUGGUGUUACCUGAUGAUGUUACCUGAUGGUGUUACCUGAUGGUGUUACCUGAUGAUGUUACCUGAUGGUGUUACCUGAUGAUGUUACCUGACGGUGUUACCUGAUGAUGUUACCUGACGGUGUUUACCUGAUGAUGUUCCCUGAUGAUGUUCCCUGACGGUGUUCCCUGCCCCCCCCCAGAGCCCCACUUCGUGUCGGCCUACGCCAUCGGCCUCUUCACCUUCUUCUUCCUGAGGGAGCGCUCCGUGGAGCCGGCCUGUGGCCAGGUGUUGUCCCGCGUGGCGCGCGUGUGCCAGAACGAUGUGGGCGGCCGCUUCCUGCUGGAGGACACCUGGACCACCUUCAUGAAGGCCCGCCUCAACUGCUCCCGGCCCGGGGAGGGCGACGCCCCCUUCUACUACGACGAGCUGCAGAGCACCUUCUACCUGCCGGAGCAGGACCUGCUCUACGGCAUCUUCACCACCAACGGUAACAGCAUCGCGGCGUCGGCGGUCUGCGCCUUCAACCUGAGCGCCAUCACUCAGGCCUUCAACGGGCCCUUCAGGUCCCAAGAGAACCCCAGAUCCACCUGGCUGCCCACCAGCAACCCCACACACGACUUCCAGUGUGAGACCAUCCAGGAGGCGGGGCCUAACGAGGGCCUGACCCAGCGCAGCCUGCAGGACGCACAGCGCCUCUACCUGAUGCAGCUGGUCGUGCAGCCGCAGAGCGCCGCGCCGCUGGUGCUGCAGGACGCCGUGCGCUUCGUCAGCCUGGCGGUGGACAUCGUGCAGGGCAAGGACUCGCUGUACCACGUCCUGUACAUCAGCACGGAAUACGGCACCAUCUUGAAGGCUCUGGCGACGCCCAACAAGAACCUGCAGGGCUGCUACCUGGAGGAGAUGGAGCUCCUCCCACUGGGGCAGCGGCAGCCAAUCCUGAGCCUGCAGAUCCUGCACAGCGACCGCUCUCUCUUCGUGGGGCUCGAGGACCGGGUCCUGAAGAUCCCUCUGGAGAGGUGCGCCACCUACAGGACGGAGACCCUGUGCCUGGAGGCCAGGGACCCGUACUGCGGGUGGGACGCCCCCCGGCGCCGCUGCAGCAGCCUGGAGGAGAGCUCCAACAUGAGCCAGUGGAGGCAGGACAUCUCCACCUGCCCGCUGCGUAACCAAACCACCAAUGGGGGCUUCGGGCCGUGGGCGCCAUGGCAACCGUGCAACAACGACGACAGCGUGGACGGCGUGAGCUCGUGCUCCUGUCGGUCCAGGUCAUGUGACAGCCCCGCCCCCCGCUGCGGAGGCGGAGCCUGUGGAGGCGCCACCAUCCAAGUCUCCAACUGCUCCAGGAACGGCGGCUGGACCCCGUGGUCGUCAUGGGGACAGUGCAGCACCACCUGUGGGACGGGCUUCGAGCUCCGUCAGCGCUCCUGUAACAACCCGUCACCUCGCCACGGGGGCCGGGUGUGUGUGGGGCCGGGCCGCGACGAGAGGUUCUGUAACGAGGGCGUCUCAUGUCCUCAGCCCAUCUUCUGGUCGCCAUGGGGAUCCUGGACCAAGUGCAGCACCGCGUGUGGGGGCGGAGUCAACUCCAGGGUCCGCAGCUGUGAGAACGGAAACAGCUGCCCGGGAUGUGCACUGGAGUACAAGGCGUGUCACCUGGAGGCGUGUCCUGAGGUGAGGAGGAACACGCCGUGGACUCCGUGGAUGCCGGUGAACGUGACUCAGGGCGGCGCCCGGCAGGAGCAGCGCGUCCGCUUCCUGUGCCGGGCGCCGCUGGCCGACGGCCACGAGCUGCAGGUCGGCCGCCGCAAGGUGGAGACGCGUUUCUGCCCCAACGACGGGACGGCAUCCUGCGAGACGGACACGCUCGUGGAGCAGCUCCUGAAGACGCCGGUCUCGAGGGCCCCGGCCUUUGAGCCUCCUCUGGGAGACUUCCUCUGGCCUCCUCUGGUUCUCCUCCUGAAGCUACGGAGCGGAGGAGGGCCUGCAGCGGGCCGGAGGGCCAGGGCCCCGCAACACUGCAGGAGUCGCUGGACUACCAGGACUGCAACCUGCAGGCCUGUCCCGGUGAGGCCCCGGGGUCAGGGAUCUCAGUGCUCUGUGGGAUGCGGCGGCGGUCACCACCAACGCACGCGCUCCUGCAGCCGCCCGCCGCCGGCCAGCGGGGGGGACAUCUGCCUGGGGCUGCACACCGAGGAGGCGCUCUGCAACACACACACCUGUGACGGCCGCCUCAUGGGCGCCGGCGGCCUGCAGGCGAGGAGGCGGGCCUGCGGCGCCCCGGCCGGCGCCCCGUGUGUCGGGAACAGCAGCCAGCGCAGGGACUGCAACCAGAGCCCCGUCAUCCUCCCCGCCUCUGGUUUUGACAAGGACCAGCAGUGUGGAGCCUUCACCUCCGUCCACCUCAUUGCCACGGGCGUGUCCUGCUUCCUGGGGGCGGGGCUUCUGUCCUUCCUGGUCUACAUCUACUGUCAGCGGUUCCACAAGCCGUCGCAAGAGUCGGCCGUCAUCCACCCGACGACGCCCAACCACCUCAACUACAAGGGCCACGCCCCCAAGAACGACAAGUACACGCCCAUGGAGUUCAAGACCCUCAACAAGAACAAUCUGCAGCCGGACGAGCGCUCCAACUUCUACGCCGCUCCGCUGCAGCAGCCCAACGUCUACACCACCACCUACUACCCCACGCCGCUGGGCAAGUUCGACUACCAGCCCAACUCCUCCCCCUCGCCGUGCCGGACCUACACCCAGAACAACAGCUGAGACCCCCAAUGGACCCCCAUGGACCCCCAAUGGACCCCCCAUGGAGACAUCACGUGAACCGGAGCGCUUCAGGAACGUUCCAUCAGGAGCUGCGUUGGUUUGGACCACGAGGUCCGUGUCGUGGUGCGUUCAGGGACAUAUGCAGCCUGACUGGAUUCAGCAGGUCCGUGUGUGUUUGGUGGGGCCUUCGGGUCGAGACUCUUUGUUGGGACCAGAACUCCUGGAGAAAAACAGAACAUUUAAAUAAAUAAAAUGAACUUUCUGUUAUACACGUUGAUCAACACGUGAGGAACAAAACAAACGCCGGCCGAAAGAACAACAACAACAACAACAAGGAUUGUGGGAGGCGGUAGGAACUGUCCAUACAGCUUUGGGAAUCUGUGUCUUCCCUUAUUUUCUGUUUCCAGGAACCAAUCAGCUCGCGGUCAUAUCACAUGUGACCUCCGGCUGGGGGCGGAGCUACAACACGCUCCAUGUUUGUUUUUAACAAAUCGAGCCGUAGCGUAGGACCAGAUAAUGUGUCGAAUAAAAGAAUAGAUAGUGGUGAACACAUUCCUUUUGUUUCUAUUUUCCUUUAUUUUUAUUUCCUGGAGUUGCGUAAUCAUUUCAUCUCAACACAACAAAGACAAAACAAUAACAACAAUAUGAGUUUUUACAAAGAGCGACUGAAACUAAACAUCCAUUCGCGUCUGCUAAAUGAUACCGUGCUAAGCUUGUGCUAAGCUUGUGCUAAGCGUGUGCUAAGCGAGUGCUAAGCGUGUGCUAAGCAUGUGCUAAGCGUGUGCUUAGUGCAUGCUAUGCGUGUGAUAAGUGUGUGCUAAGCGAGUGCUAUGCGAGUGCUAUGCGUGUGCUAAGCGUGUGCUAAGCGAGUGCUAAGCGUGUGCUAAGCGUGUGUUUUGUACAAUGUAAAUGUUUUCCUACUCAUGAGUAAAUAUGACGACGUCAUUCUGUUUUUCUAUAUUUCAUAAAGACUUCCUGAACGUUCCGACUCCAGUAAAGCUUUUCACAGCUCUAUUUUAUUAUUGUUGUUGUUGUUGUUGUGAUGAAUGCUAACCCCGCGCUGCUUGGAGCUGCUGUGUCUGUGUGAAGCUAACACUUAAAAAAAGAAAGAAAAAAAACAUGAAAAGCCUUAUCGUUGUUUAAAACGUGCAGCAGCCGUGAGGUUCGUUUGGGGGCGGAGCUCCAGGAGUGACGACUUCCUGACAAGAUAUUAAAAACUGAGAAUAAAUAUAUAUAUUUCGCCGGAGAAAAUUCAUUCGGAAGAAAAUCAUUUUUUGGGUCUAGACUCCGCCUCUGUCUGAUUGGUCGUUCUGAGCUCCGCCCCCUGAGAUGUGAGGCUCUGGCCCUUCUAUGCAACUCACAGGUUCCUGUCGACUGUCAUCACUGCCUUUAGACAGAGAAUGUUUUGGUACGCUAUAUUUUUGUAUAUUGUACAUUAUGAAAUAAACCGUGAUGCCAACGAGG